AGUGCGUUCGGCGCGCGGGCGGUGUCGCGCAUGCGUUCGCCUGUGGCUCCGCCCACUCCGCCCUCGCCUUGCCGCACCGCCGCUUGGGGUUGUUUCCCACCCGGUACCCGCUGGGCACCAGCUAUGUGGCACGUCCCUCUUCGGCAGUGAAGGGACAGAAGCGUCCUAGGCCUCUCCACCCUAGCUGACGCCUUCGCGCCAAGGGCCGCCAUGGCCACGGGGUUCUCCUUCGGGUCUGGGACCCUCGGCUCCACCACUGUGGCCCCCGGCGGGACCGGAGCGGGCAGCGGCUUCUCCUUCGGGACCGUCGCGUCUAGCACACCUUCUGUGGGACUCAACUUUGGAUCUCUUGGAAGCUCUGUGACCCCAGCAUCUACAUCUGCUUCAGCUGGUGGUUUUGGAACAGGCCUCUUUGGAUCUAAGCCUGCCACUGGAUUUACUCUAGGAGGAACAAGUGCAGGAACAGCAGCAACAACAUCUGCGUCUACAACAGGCUUCAGUUUAGGAUUCAGUAAACCUGCGGCAUCUGCCACACCAUUUGCCCUGCCUGUCACUUCUACCUCAGCUAGUGGUCUUACUCUCUCAUCUGCUCUGACAUCAACUCCAGCAGCAUCCACAGGAUUUACUUUGAAUAACUUGGGAGCAACACCAGCCACAACUACAACAGCAUCAACUGGGCUUUCUUUAGGGGGAGCCUUAGCUGGUUUGGGAGGUUCACUUUUUCAGAGUGGAAACACAGCAACAUCAGGUCUCGGACAAAAUGCUUUAAGCUUGUCUUUGGGAACUACAGCACCUACUUCAGCUGCCAGCAAUGAAGGCCUUGGUGGUAUAGACUUUAGUACCUCAUCAGAUAAGAAGAGUGAUAAAACGGGAACAAGGCCAGAGGACAGUAAAGCACUGAAAGAUGAAAACCUGCCUCCUGUCAUCUGUCAGGAUGUUGAAAACCUCCAGAAAUUUGUCAAGGAACAGAAACAAGUCCAAGAAGAAAUUAGCCGAAUGUCUUCCAAAGCAAUGCUUAAAGUCCAGGAAGACAUCAAGGCCCUGAAGCAGCUUCUGUCAUUGGCUGCCAGUGGGUUGCAGAGGAAUACACUCAAUAUUGACAAACUGAAGUUAGAAACUGCUCAGGAGUUAAAGAAUGCCGAAAUAGCUUUAAGAACCCAGAAAACACCACCUGGACUCCAACAUGAAAACACAGCUCCUGCUGACUACUUCAGAAUAUUGGUUCAGCAGUUUGAGGUACAGCUUCAGCAGUACAGGCAGCAGAUUGAAGAACUAGAAAACCAUCUUGCCACUCAAGCCAGUAAUUCACAUAUAACUCCUCAAGAUUUAUCAAUGGCUAUGCAGAAAAUUUAUCAAACAUUUGUAGCUUUAGCCGCACAACUUCAAUCUAUUCAUGAAAAUGUCAAGGUGCUUAAAGAACAGUAUCUCGGCUACAGAAAAAUGUUUUUGGGUGAUGCUGUGGAUGUGUUUGAAGCCAGGAGAACAGAAGCCAAGAAGUGGCAGAAUGCACCCAGAGUUACUACUGGACCCACUCCUUUCAGCACCAUGCCAAACGCAGCAGCCGUUGCCAUGGCUGCAACACUUACACAGCAGCAACAGCCUGCUACAGGGCCACAGCCGUCUCUGGGAGUUAGUUUUGGAACGCCAUUCGGCUCAGGUAUUGGCACUGGCUUGCAAUCAAGUGGCUUAGGUUCUUCAAACCUUGGAGGAUUUGGAACUAGCUCUGGUUUCGGAUGCGGUACCACAGGGGCCUCCACAUUUGGAUUUGGAACAACAGAUAAACCCUCAGGAAGUCUUAGUGCAGGUUUGUGUGCUUCUGCCUGAACUCCAGGCAGGUGAAGAGUGAAAUCAUUCACCUGAACGUUACACCCGCUCUUACUCUCAGUAGCCCUCAGGACCCUAACUCACGGCUCCUCUCUGGAAGCAUGGAUUGUAUGCCUGGCUACAUUGUGUAGCCUUACUGUGCUGGCUGUAUGUACUGAGACUUUUUGACUUAAAAACAGUUAACUAGAGAUUCAUUUGAAUCCUAGUGACUGACUUUAUGGUUUAAGGCUUUUCCUCUUACCCCAUUAAUCCAGUAGUUAUAUUUGGGUGGUUUGUUUUUCAUCCAGGAGAACUUUUUAUUUGUGUUUUGUACUGGGUGUGGGAACUAGGGUUUUUACGCAUGUUAAGCAAGCAUUCUACCAUUGAGCUAUUUCUCCAGCUUACUUUUUACUUUUCACGUUGAACCAUGGUCUCACUGAGUGCCCAGGCUGGCCUUUCACUUGUGUUUCUGCCUCAGCUGGAUAUUGUAGCUGAAACUGUAGGCCUGUACCGCCAGGCAGCCCAACAUAAAAUACAUCUCAUUCCAAACAGUUGUUAGCACCUCUGAUUUUAAGGGGUAGGGUCAUUUAUGAAUAAUGACUAGCUUGGCUCUGUGUUCAUUUUUAAGUAGGUAUAAUCUACUUCUAGUAGAAAACCCAGGAUUUUGUUUACCUUUCCAUUUAUUUUAUAUUUGUAAGUACUGACUUGACUGAUGUGCCAUAUGUAAGGAUAAAUAAUAUAUCUAAAAUAGUGGUAUGGCACUGUUUAAGAAAUGUGUUCAAAUGUAGGAAAUUCCACUUAUUUUUAGUAGUAUUUAAAGUCAAUAGUGCCAGUGGAGUAAGAUUUGUAAUCAGUAGUAUCAGGACCAGAAUCAAAAUACUGUUGUCAGGUAACCAGGCAUCCAGAACACUUGCUCUUAAUUAUAAAGACUCUUACUAUACACAUUGUUUGCAUUCUCUUGAACAUUGAGGUGAGUUGAGGUUUUCUUGGAAGGCUUGGGAUUUAAGGGCAGGCCCAGAUGCCUUGAGUGUGUUUUCUAAAAUGUUUUUGUUGAGUCUGACUAAGAAGACACUGACAUAAUAUGUAGGUAAUGUAAUUUUAUUCUCAUAUAUAAUUAUAUACAGAAUAAUACACAAUUGUAUGUGCACAUAAAACAUGUUACAAUACAGACAAAGUUUCUGGUAGCUUGAAUUUUCCUGUAUAUUUUAGUUAUCUGUGCUAGCUUCCUCUGUCUCUCAAGACACUCUUUAGCUGUUAGCUAAAUUAUUUUUCUUUAAAGUUCCUUGUUAGAAAUUCAAGGGCUAUAGGCAUUUUCUACUCUUAAAAUUGUGUAUUCACAGAUAGAAAUUCCCACUCAUCCCUGUUUUUUAUAUUCGUUUUUGUGACUUAACUUCUCAUUUGAAUAUUUUCUUCCCUGAACAUAAGGCUUUGGCAGCUCAAGUACGUCUGGGUUUAACUUCAGCAAUCCUGGCAUCACGGCAUCAGCUGGUUUGACAUUUGGGGUAUCCAAUCCUGCAUCUGCGGGGUUUGGAACAGGAGGACAACUCCUUCAAUUGAAGAGACCUCCAGCUGGAAACAAAAGAGGAAAGAGAUAAACAUACGGGUCGAUGUGUUGGCCGUGCUUAGCUGGCUGCCGCUCAUUCUAUGAUUCUAUUUUUCUAACGAUGUAGUAAUUGAACUGCAUCUCGGGAGAUUUAUAACAUUUUGAUAUUCCUCACUCUGGAACUUGAACUUUGUUUACCUUACCAAACAUCUUUCUUGUGAAUUCAAAAUCCAGUUGCAGUUUUGGUUGCUCUUUUUUUUGAUUCUCCAUGUAAGAAAUGUUGUGAUUAAAUUACCAAUUGAUAGUGGUGGGAAAAAAAUCCAUCAACCUAAGCCUAUGAUCUAUCCUAGUACUAAUAGCAAUGUUUCUGUUGCUGAGGUUUAUGCUGUGAAUACAUGCACAUUGGUUUCUUAUGCAGAUGGUAUAAACUCUAGGGCCUGUGCUAGAAGUAGUUUGUUCCUUGACAAGGCCUUUUGAACUGUGCUGCAGGGCAUCUUGUGGAUAUGUAUGUAAUUAUAUAGAGAGUAAUGCACACAAUGUGUGCACAUAAAAUAUAUAUUUACACACCUACAACUCCUGCCUCAGACUGUUAUCCUUUUUAGUGUAUUUAGUUAUUCACUCUUUAUGAUUUAGAUCCUCAGCGCUUAUAAAAGGAGUAACUUGGGGUGCCUGGUCACUUCAUUUGUUUAUUAGACAGAAGUGAUUCUUGAUAUAAGUAUUUAACCCAUUCAACUUCAUUGACCCCACUCUUCUGUUUUUAUUUAUACCUUGACCCUUAGGAGCUACUUUAACUGAGGAAUGCUCUAAGGCUCAUCAAACAGAUUUUAGAAACCUUUACUACCCUAUAUAUAUUCUCAUGCUACCAUUAUGAGAAUCUUUUUUGUAAAGGAGAUGGACUUUUAGGAGUGUAUGUGAACUCCAGAGUGAUGUUCUGGGGCAAAGAGCUACUAAGCCAAAUUGAAUCUAUGCAGGUGGAGGAUGCAAUGUUAAUUCAGUAACAACUUGCUUAGCUGUUUCAAUACAGAAUUCUUCUUAUAGGGCUAUUGAGAAACCAAAUGAAGUGGCUUCUGAGCCUCUUAAUGUGCUGAGUCUUAAUCUGGACUAGAGAAACUACAUUUUAGGGAAACUCUUUGUACCCACUAUAAACGUGCUGGUUUGAAGAGUGGUGGAGCUCCAGGGAGUGCUCAGAGGUGUGUCAGGUUGUCUGUGUGACCUCUGUCUGUACUGCCGAUCCUGGUGUUGAGUGAGUAAACACCACUGUGAAGAGAAUUCAUUGCCUUAGGACCGUGACAGCGUGAAAGUAGUUUUCAGGUGGAAUGAACACAUGGAAUUGCACGGAAAUAGUUUAAUUUUUUUACAUAGAAGGUUUUGUAUAUAAUGUUUAUCAGUGAAUACUUUCAGGAUCAUUUUCACUAAGGCACCUUUUUUUUAUUUUAUUCAAAACAGGUCUGGUGUACAUACAUACGAACAUACAUACAUACAUAUUUUAGUAUAAUGUUACUUGGGUUUGAUUAUAAAAAUUGUUGGUCUGUUUUAUUUAUCUGCAUAUAACAGUGAUUGGCAUUCCUGAAUUUAAUAUUUGCAUCUUGACGCAUUAAAAUAAGGAGAGUUAUUUGUCUCUGAGCACUAAACAUUUGUAUAUUUUUGUAAUUCUGCAACCCUCAGUCCAGACUAUGGGGGAGGAUAGGAAAAAGGUGUGCUUUGGCAUUUUAAAUUACCAUCAGAGUUACAUAUACAAUUACAAAAAUACUGCUUUGUUCGUUUUUUAAGUACAUUGUAUUAUGCUGCAAAUAUCUGAAUAUUUAUAUUUCUCUGGGUUAUUUUUUUCUUUAUAUACAUUUUCAUAUGUUGAACCACUGGAGACUUGUAGCAUUCAUUUGUGGUAGGAGUCAGAGUGUUGUCUUUGUCUCCUUUGUCUUCGCCUUGUCUAUUGUGGAAAUAAUAAAAUUUGUUAGUUGCUUUGAAUCUUU